CCUGCAAACUGCGCGUUCACGCGCUUCUCAGGCCAGCCCAGUAUCCCGGGCGCUCGCUCCCGCGCCAGGCUGGUGGAAAAAACUGCAGCGGCUGUUGCUGGAGCCACGCAGAGAGGAGCGGUGUGGGAGAAAUCACGGGCACUGGCAAGAGUUGAGCGGCACACACUCACACAGUCGCACAACACAGGCAGAUUUUGUCGUUAUUCCUGCCGAGGGCGACGCUGUCAGAAGCGGGGUUCAUGGCUGCCAAGAAGUGAUAGUAUCGACGAGGAGCUCUUCGCCGUUCAAAAAAGGAAAAUUGCUUCCAGACGACCUUUGCCUUUUUCUGAAACACCACUGCUUUUGUCAGCCUCAGAAUACUUCAGCCCACGCGGAGCCACAUAGCUGGGCAGGUUCCAGCAGUAGCUGUUCUCUGCUUCACCAACUGGGACUCCAUGGCUGGCAGUGGUGCUGCUUGAUUCAUUGCACUGUCUGAGGUCCUCCACGUUUGAAUUGUUUCAAUCAUUAUUCAUCUACAGAUACUCACUGUAGUUUGGAGCUUCAUGGAGGGAUUUCCUGUCCACUGACCUAAAGGGCUGACCUUCUGGACCCGCAGCCAUGUCGGCCUGCAGCACCUUCACAGAGCACGUGUGGAAACCAGGCGAGUGCAAGAACUGCUUUAAACCAAAGAGUUUGCACUGUCUAGCUCAGAGUAGUGGAGGGAAGCCUCCUUCUGAGCAAAGACCUCAAACAUCCCAGCAACAGAACCUUCCAGCUGCUGGUGCCAGAGCCAAUCCUAACCAUACCACCACCAACUCCCAGCGGACUGGCAGUGGAUCUGCUCGCUCAGGACACUUCCGUCCACCUGUGGCCAAGAAGCCAACCAUCGCUGUUAAGCCCACUAUGAUGCUGCCCUGCUCCUCUGCAGGACUUGAUUCAGAUGGCAAUCUCCAGCAACCACCAAAGGUAAUAGAGCAGGGGAAAACAUCAGCCUUCACAGUCUGGAAUCGCAAUGGACUGAACCGCAAAAGACCUGGUGGGCCCAGCAACAACAAUGAAGGAGAGGAUGACAAUGAUGAGAUUGAGGGUUAUGGACCACUUAGCCCAAGGACACCUAGUGGAAAUAACAACAACAGUGGAUUGACAGAUGUACUUAAAGAGAUUGCUGGGUUGGGCCCUGGUUCUAGUCCCACGCAACUUUCUGGCUCAAAGGACUUGUUUUGGGGUCGGAUCAGUAGUUCAUACCGACGAUCCUUAGAAAGAGGCAUACCAGCUUCAAGCUGUCUGGCUAUGGGAAGUAGUAGUGGUGGUGGUGGUGGAGUUGGGAGCACUGCUCAAAAACGGGUAUCCCUGAGCGAUAGUACCAAGAUCAUCAGCACAGAAGGUGGUCGCUUUUGUUAUCCGGACUUUACAAGUGAAAGUGAAGAUGAGGAGGAUGAAGAUGAUGAUGAUGAGGAAGACACUGAAAGGGAUGAUGAUGAAGAGCAUGAGAGCUGGGAUGAAAGCGAUGAAGAGUUGGUAGCCAUGGAAAUCCGUAUGCGAGGACAACCACGAUUUGCUAAUUUCCGUGCUGCCACAUUGUCUCCCGUUCCCUUUGCUGCGGGGAAAAAGUGGAAUACUGUGCCACUUCGCAACCGCUCACUACAGCGAAUUUGUGCGGUGGACUAUGAUGAUAGCUAUGAUGAGAUCUUAAAUGGCUAUCCUUCUGUGGAUUCCAAUGGAGGGCUGAUUUCCUACGGACCUCACGAUAUGCUAGGCAGCGGCUUCCUGUCAAAUUCUGAGUCUGCCACUUCUCCUGAAUCAUCGUCAUCAAUACCGGAGGAUUCUCGAACAACAUCCAGCAGUGGUAGCAGCGCUAACUGUGUCCUUCGAAAUGGCUUGCAUUCUCCCACAUUUUGUAAGCCACCUAUCACCUGCACUUCUCCUCCUAAGAAGGAAUCUGUCAACAGGGCACUGAGUCCACUAAAGGUAGCUGAAACACACAAGGCUGUCCUGGCUAUCAGAUUAGAGGAUCAGGAUGGCAGAGAAGGGAUGCCAAUGCCCCAAGCGCUUCCUGGUCAGCCAGUCACUAUAAGUUUUAGUCCCACAGAGGAGCAAGCUAAACCAUACCGUGUAGUAAAUUUGGAAAAGUCAUUGAUCUGUAAGCCUUACACUGUAGUAGAUGUCUCAGCAUCCAUGGCCAAUAAAGAUGAACAGAUUCCAGAUUCUCAAAAACCCAAAAACCAAUCGAUGCCUUCAAGCCCUACGACAUCUAGUAGCACUCCUUCAGCCCAGGCCGUAGCUCCAAUGUCCCCAAUAUCUGUGUCUUCUCCUGUGAUGCCAACAUCACCUACUUCUUUUGCUCUGUCAGGUUCAUCCCAAAAGAAGAUUAGCAGCAUACGUUACCAAGAAGUGUGGACAUCAAGCACAAGCCCUCGCCAAAAAAUACCUAAAAUAGAUUCAGGGGUUGGGAAUAAUCCUGUCCCUGCCCUGACCACUCAGCACUGCAGCCACAAGUCAGCUCCCACUUCUCCCAUUGCUGGGCUAUCUUCUUCUCGAACUGUACCUGUGAAAUCCCCCAAUUUAUCAGAGAUCAAAUUUAACAGUUUCAAUAAUGCAGGCAUGCCUCCUUUUCCCAUUAUUAUCCGAGAUGAGCCUGCUUAUGCCCGCAGUGCCAAGAAUGCUGUCAAGGUACCUAUUGUUAUUAAUCCAAGUGCAUAUGAUAACCUAGCUGUGUAUAAGAGCUUUCUGGGACUCAGUGGGGAGCUACCACAGACAAAAGGGAUGGGUAAUAGGGUAGCCAGCCAUACUUAUGAAGAGAUUGGAUCCUCUGAGAGUGUCCAGUCCGCCUCAACAGAGAAAACUCUCUCUGGUAGAGGAACAUCAGAGCGAGCCUCCUUUGAAGAGACAAAGGUUCCACUUGAAGCAGUGUCAAAAGCACCAAAUCUACAACCUAGAACCACUACAGACUCUUGCACUGUGACAAGCACUGUAAUGGGCUCGACAAGUGGGGCAUUCUCACCCACUAUAUCAACAAAUUCUCCUGCCAAUCCUGCCAUUACUGCAAAUGCAAGUGUACCUGCAGCCAGCACUACUGCCAGUAUUGUUACACACACUUAUAAGACAGGUGGAGAUGCUGCUUGCAAUAAAGAUGAUAAUACAAGCUUAGCUUUAUCUUCUGGGACAGCUGUAAGCCAUAGGGAGGAAGCCAGUGCUGUGCUUUCACAGAUUGUGGCCUCCAUCCAGCCUCCUCAAUCUCCUCCGGAGUCCCCAUCAGCACAAACCAAAUCUUUUAAUUCCGAGGAGCUAUAUGCCCUCCCACCUGAUGCCAUUAAGGAGACCCUUCUUCGGCCCAAGUCUCUCUUUUCCCCAACUGAUGGCUGUCUUUCCAAGUCAAAGAAAGACACACCCUCAAAAGUUUUGUCUAAGUCUCAGAGUGCCUCUGCUGCUGCCCCACUCUCAAGCCCCCAGCCUGAGCCCACUGCCCCCUUCCCUCCUCCAAGAUCUACAUCCUCUCCUUAUCAUGCUUCUAACAUACUCCAGAGACAUUUUGGAAACUGGACCAAGAGCUCUGCCUCCAGUUCACCAGUGCGACCUGGCGAAGGUGAAGCGAGUCCUGGAGGGGAAGGGAGACGUAGUUUAGCAGAAAGCUCCAAACCUAAACGCUGGAUCUCCUUCAAGAGCUUUUUUCGUAGGCGGAAAGACGAGGAUGAGCAGAGGGAGAAGCUGGAGAGAGAGAAGGAGAAGGGCAAGCUUGUCGGGCUUGAUGGAACUGUCAUUCACAUGCUUCCACCACCACCAGCUCAAAAUCAGCACUGGUUCACUGAGGCAAAAGCAGAAGAUCCCACCCAGAAACCAACCAUUAUCUUCACCUAUAAACCAGACACUGGCAGUAGCCACGGCGAUGAAGGAGAACUACGGGUAGAGGAGUGCAGAGAAACUACAAUACUGAAACCUGACGGAAACAAAGAUCCUAGGCCUUUGAGUCCAGGCAAAACAACAUCCUCACCCAAGGCUGGAGGAGAAAAUUGCAAGGAUUUAAGCCAGGUACCAGUCGGUGCCAGCGCCAGGGAUCGGGAGCUGCCCAGCGCCACCUCCUUGCCUGCCAAAGUGAAUCUGGGGCUGGUGCUUGGGGAGGCCGCGGAGGGCCAUGCCAACCAGGUUGCUAGUACAGCCGCGGCCAGUGAGGGCAGCGCCAGCCUGGGAGAGCCUGAGGACGACGGGAUUCACUCUCAUUAUUCUCACUCUCCUGCCUCCAGCCAGUGCAGUGCCACCUACAGCAAUCUGGGUAAAUCUCGAGCCAGCAUGAUUCCACUUAAACAGCCAAGAAACAUGAAAGCAUCCAAUGACACACUAGCCUCCAUCGAAAUCGAAGGCCUCGCUGAGCAGCCAGCCCCUAAAGCUACACCCCCGCCAUUACCCAAAAAAGCAGUUCCUCGUUCCAGUACUGAACCCAUCCUGGGAGGCAAAGAGCCAGUGGGAGGCCUCAGGCCUCGAGCUGAAGCUAAACCGGGGGGCACCAACCUUAGUGUAGCCAACCCUCUUUAUGACUUGGACUCCACCUGGGAAACAGCUAGUCAGAGCUCCUCUCUGAGCUCCGAACCACAUCGAGGCCACGACCAUGAGAGCGGUGACUCCUUAGAGAGGUCAUCAGCUGCCACAGCUACCAACAAGGCCCGCAUGACCAAUAGCGUGUCCUCUCUGGUCCCUCAGCCUUCACCUGCUGCAGCCAGCGCAACCCCCGGCAAAGAGAAGAGAGUCUACCCAAGUUCAGAAUCCCUGGCUGGAAGGGGUCGGACAGCGGGUCGCGGAGCUGCCGGAGGCGGCGCAGCCUCCAAACCCCAGAGACCUGCUCUUUACAGGGGGUUGGACAGCUGGGAUGAGGUGGUGGGGAGGAUCCGCGGGCUCCACACAGACACUCUACGGAAACUGGCAGCAAAAUGCGAGGACCGUUUCAUGGCUGGCCAGAAAGAUCAUUUGAGGUUUGGCACUGAAAGCUGGUCCCACUUCAGGCUGACCACUGGGAAACCCUGCUGUGAGGCGGGGGACGCCGUUUACUACACUGCAUCUUAUGCCAAGGACCCACUGGUCAAUUAUGCCAUCAAGAUCUGUCGGAGCCAGGUGAAGGAGACCCAGCAGCAGUUUUUCCACAGCCUCGCAGUGAGGCAGAGCCUGCCAGUGCACUUCAACAUCCAGCAGGACUGUGGCCACUUCCUGGCUGAUGUUCCUGCCCGCCUGCUGCCCUGGGAAGAGGAAGAAGAGGAGGAAGAAGCAGAUAAGGAGGAAGGGGGGCCGACAGUAAAGGACAAAGAGGCUAAGAUGGCAGAUUCAAAAUCGCCUUCUCCAAAUGGGAAGCUAGAUGAAGUCCCGGCUGCGGGUCACAUGAACACAGCUGGCCGCUUGAGGAGCCGAGUGGUGGUGAUCACACGUGAGGUGCCCUUCCAGACAGUGGCCGACUUUGUCAGAGAAGGCAUGAGCCGGCACACUCAAAACCCGGAGCUGUAUGAGCGUCAGGUCUGUCUGCUGCUGCUGCAGCUUUGCUCCGGGCUGGAGCACAUGAAACCUUUCCACGUGACCCACUGUGACCUGCGACUCGAAAACCUGCUGCUGGUCCAAUGCCAGCCUGGCAACCCCUGGAAUCUGGACUUACUGGAGCCCAACAAUAACAGCAACGGCAGCAGCUCGGGGGCAAGCGCUGCAGCCACCGCUGCCGCCAACUCCACCUGCCCCGCACGCCUCAUCAUCAGCAACUUCUCCCAAGCGAAACAAAAGACCACUCUCAUGGCCACUGACCCCGGCACGCUGCGCGACCAGUCGAGGCUGGCACCCGAAAUCAUCACAGCCACCCAGUACCGCAAGUGUGAUGAGUUCCAGACUGGGAUUCUGAUCUAUGAGAUGCUGCACAGACCCAACCCCUUUGAGGAGACGCCGGAGUUGAAGGAGCGGGAGUACACCUGGGCCGACCUUCCACCGCUGCCCGUGAGAUCGCUUUACUCACAGGGGCUGCAGCAGCUGGCGCGCUUGCUGCUCACCGUUAACCCCUCCGAAAGAAUCCGGAUGGCCGAGGCGCGGGCCUGCCUCCAGUGCCUCCUCUGGGGACCUCGGGAGGACUUGUUUCAGGCGCUGGGCUGCAGCAGCACCGGGCCUAUGUCCGGGGCCACUUCGGGCCAACGCGAGGCCACCCUGCAGAACUGGCUGGACCUCAAGCGGACACUGAUGAUGAUCAAGUUCGCAGAGCGCUCGCUGGACAACGCCUGUGGCGUGAGCCUGGAGGACUGGCUGUGCUGCCAGUACCUGGCGUUCGCCACCACAGAGACCCUCGGCCGGGUGGUGCACAUCCUGCAACAGCCCCAACAGCAUCCCCCAUCUCCGAAUGAGAACCAGCCAGUGCACCCAACACAGAACCAAACUCAAAUACAUCCAGCACACACCUUUCACUUGACUCCUUCGCAGCCACUCUGAGUUUCUCUGCCCAACUGUUACUAUGGCAACAGAGCCAACAUAUCCCCCCUGUGUGGUCCCUCUGCUGAUGUUAAAAGUGUGAUGUAAGCUAAUAGUCAGCUCCACAGUGCUCACCUAAAACAAAACAGCUGCUUGUGCUGUGUCUGUGUUUUCUUCUUGGACUGAAUCGGCUGUGCUAAUUGAAAUCAUUUUGGCUCUCGUCAUCAAUGCCCCGCGUCUUCACAUAUCAUGAGUUUAUCACUCCACCAGUACUAAUUAUUUUAAGAUUUUGUGUUUCUGAGACAAGUCUCCAGACUUGGAGAGUUGUGAGUACUCAGUGUUAAAUAUCAUUUUCACGCCAUCUGUCUACAGGGUUUGAGGGAGUGUGAAAUGAAAUAACUAAGCUUCUACGGUGAUGCAUAUUGAUAUUCUGCAAGUUUUGUCUGACAUCUAAAGGGACACCACGGUCAGAAUUUAGAAAGGAAACUGAGAAUUUGGAGUUUCAUCCCAAUAAUUUGACUCUUUUUUUUUUACGCAGUGUUGUAUUAUAAGCAAGUUUUAUUUGAAUCAGAAAAAAGGGGAGUGUAGGGAGGAUUUGAAAUGAAGGGAGUGGAGGAAAAACAAGCUUUUGCCAGACAUGAGGACAUGGCUGAACAUUGAAUUUAAUAUAUUUUAGUCUUGACAUUUGCACAGCUGAGACUUCUUCAUUUACUCAUUGUGCUUUUAGAAAUUCAAAAGCCAGUAUGAAGUUGAAAUUAACAAAAAAAAUUUAAACAUAAAUAAUUAUCAAAACACAUUUCUGCACAGAGCUUUGUAGAGGUGGGUGACGAACACUGAGCUAAACUUGGCUUUUCAUUUAAUGUUUUUACGCUUCGAAGUUGGAAAAGGCUCGACCGCCCUGGCUGCUGGUUUGGGUUCUUGUUGGCGUAUGUGCAAUUAAUACCUGUCUUUUAUUUCUUUUUGAGGUAACAGCAUUAUGCAGUCUUUUACUAAUACUCUCUUCCUUUGUUUUUGUUUUGUGGCACAUAAACUGAUCAGUUUCAUUUCAAUCCUGCAACUUAAGAAGCAAGGUAAAGUUCAGUGGAAAGUACUUCUUAUAGUAGAUGGGAUAUUUCAGGGACUGCAAAAAAGUUAUUCUUUGUCGAUCGUUUUAUCUUUUUGUCGAGUUGUUUUUGAACGGUUCUGCGUUACGGAUGACAUUUGCACAUUUACAUUUGGAACGCUGGUGCCCCUCGGUGGAGCCCGGAGCACACGGUGAGACUGAAUAAAGUUCCUGUGAAUCUGAGGAGCUGGAUCUGAUGUGUUUUGCAGCGUGUGGAAUGUAAACGUUUGUGUGGACUGAAACGGACAUUUGUUCUCAUCUGCUCUACAAAUGUGCUUUUUUUAGUUCAACCACUUAGUUUCAUGUAUAAAUUCUAUCUUGGAGAGAAACUAAUUACACAGCCACUGACACUUGCUUCCAUUCCUCCUAUAUUGUUUGUUUCCCCUCUUCUCUUUUCCCCCUUUGCUCUACCAGUAGGAGAGUAAAUCCUGUAUUGAUGCUUCCUGCUUGUCACUCUGAAUUAAACGAGCUCUGUGUUAUUGACUUUCCAGUCUGGAGUCAGUAAAACCAAGACAUGUACAGAAGCCUCAACCAGUAACACUUUAUAACACAGUCCAUAACUAAGAGUGUAAUUCUCCUGUAAUUUAGUGGAAUUUUAACACAUUUUAUUUGAAACUGCAAUGUAAUUAUAUCCACAUACAAAUAUUUAAAAGGUCGUAUAAUGGAAUAACGGGGUAAAAAGUUAGAUUUUUACUGGAAACAAAGAAGUAUUCAUACUGUAAGUAAUUGUAAAAACAAACAAUAUUUCUCUAUCUUACACCGUAGGUGCUCUGUACUUUUCAGGGCAUGGCCCAGUUAUGGAGUGCCCUGACCUUGCUUAAUUUCCAGAUAUUUUUACAGGACAGGAGAAACAAUUUUAGGCAAUAUGUAAUUAACUGUGAAUUUUGCAGACAAACAGUAUUUUCCUUUUCUACAUCAUAAGUAUGCUCUACUUCUCGGAGUGUAUCUGUAUUAUGGAGUGACUGAACCUCGCCUUUUACACCCUUAAUGUUCAUUAUGUCUCCUUCGCUGUAAAAUACUUAGAAGUUUGGCGUGGUUAAGCCACUCCCAUGACCCAGAAAAUGCAGUGUACUUACAAUGUAAGAUAAUGUUUUUCUAUUAAAGUACCAAGAAAUUAUGCAGUACUUACAGUGUAAUUAUUUCUGUUUCCUAUAAAAACCUAACGUGUUACACCAUUAUUCCAGUGCACCUAUCUUGAAGUAUUUGUAUCUAAAUAUAAUUACAUUGUCAUUUCAAAUAAAUACAUUACAAUUCCAUUCAAUUACGAGGGAAGUAUGCCCUCAGUCAGCGGCUGUAUUAUAAAGUGUUACCAUUGAAUUUAAUGUGUCGAACAAAACACCCCGAAUAAUAUCUGUAUCCCAGAAUUUAAUACUUGGAGGACUGGUGCUGCAAAUUUACUUUAUUUCAGAUGUGCAAAAACUUUGUGGUCCUUGGAGCAAAAAACGAGACAAAGCAGGUUUAAAGUUUGUUACUGUGUUCAAGGGUUUGUGUACUGAGGAAUGUGUGUGGGACAGCACUGGUGGCUGUCCUUGUAUUCAGAGUUAAGCCUUUAUAUAUUAAAUAUAGUAUAAAUAUAUAUAUAUAUAACCUUUAUCUAUUUUAAUCCACACUAUUUUGUGGCGUACGGAGCACUUCUAUUUCUGUCACGAGAGUCUAAUAAUCAUUUUAUCUUUUAAAAGCUUUACUUGAUUUUCUUCCACCUUGCAUGUUUUGGAGGAAGAACAAGGUGAGUAGUUAUCACUGUCCUACACAAAGAAUCAAUUGUAAAAGAUCCCAAUCAUUCAGUUGCAUCCACGCAAAGAACAAUGUACAGUAUUUUUACCCCUCUUGUAAAGUUACCUGCGUAGGAGAAAAACCACUUUGGCUGAAGGAUGACUUUUGAACGCACCACUGAACCAUAAUAUUCAUCCGCCGUUUGGAAUACGGCGGACGUUGUUUUCUGUUCCUCUUUCUGCUCUGGUUUUCUCUUUUGCAUUGUUAACUGCCACUGAAUCUAAAAAUGGAAGCUCUCCAGGGCUUUCUAAGUAUGUGUACAGUAUGUCUCCUGGCCUGCAGCCAUUUAUUGUUGUUCAAUUUAACCAACAGUAACAGAACAAUAAAUAUAUGUUUUUUAUAUAUA